AUGGCGAACGAGGCAGCGGAGAACAAGGAGAAGGCGUCGGCCAAGUGGAAGACGGAGCCGAAGCGCCGCACAAAGACCAAGGGCAAGAAGAAUGCAGCAGCGGCUGCCGCUGCUCCUGCCGCUGCUGCUGCUGCAGAGGAAGUCGAGGAGCGGCCGUUCAUGGUGCGAGUGCUGACCGUGGGUGUGGCGUCGUACCUGGCGCACAAGGUCUGGACCAAGAGGAAGAUGCUUACGGCUGGCUGGUACACGGAGGAGCAGACGGAGACGGAGCAGGGCAUGGUCACGGCGUUCGAGUACAUGAGCUCCAUGGGGCUAAUCUUUGUCAUCGGCAUUGUGGUGGGCGUGAUCUUCAGCAAGGUGGCCAAGUGGGUCAAGGGCACGGCACCGCCGGCAGGUCAGUAA